AUGAUGGAAUACGCACAAUACCCACAACAACCACAGAACGCGCACUCGGGAUACACCAACAACUCCGCCGCCAACAACAUCACCUCUCCUCACGGCGUACAGACGUCACCCAUCCUAUCUACUCAGCAACAAUCACCUACGCAGGCACAGGGACACAACAUGUACCAACCACAGUACAACGUCCCUCAACAGGGCAUGCACUAUGCCAUGCCCCAAAUCCAGGCCGCCGCAAUGGCAGCAACCGCCGCGGCUUCGGGGUCCAACUACCCCUACAACAUGUCGGAUCCCAGCUUGCCGCAGACUUCACCGCGAAUGGGCGGAGCGAAGAAGGAGGCCAACCGUGAUCCCAGAUCACCAACCCAGAUGAACAACGUUUCGCAGCUGCCUGGCGCUCAAAGACGCCUCAGCCAAGUCACCAGCCCUGGCGUCCCGGCACAGGCAAUGAUGAACCACGUCGCGCGCCCCGGUGUUGCCCCGCCGCAGAUGACCCAGGCUCAGGCCAUGCAACACCCGCAGUCCCCUGAGAUGCCCGCCGGCGGUGUUGAGGAAUCUCCUCUUUACGUCAAUGCCAAACAAUUCCAUCGCAUCCUGAAGCGCCGCGUUGCACGCCAGAAGCUCGAGGAGCAGCUCCGACUUACGUCCAAGGGCCGCAAGCCUUACCUCCACGAGUCAAGACACAACCACGCCAUGCGCAGACCCCGUGGCCCUGGCGGUCGCUUCCUCACCGCCGAGGAGGUGGCUGCCAUCGAGCGCGACAAGGCUGCCGGUACCGGCGAAACCCCCAAAGACGACGCGCCAAGCUCCAAGGCCGGCGCGAAGAGAAAGUCGGAAGCCGAGGAGGGUGACGCCAACAAGAAGCCCAAGACCGCGUCGGAAAGCCCCGAGGAAGAAGAGGAGGAGGAUGAGGAGUCUUGA